CCGCUGGCCCCAGUUUAUAGAUGGUCUUGUGUGACUGAGAUGCUUGUACUUGACCCUGAACAAAUGCACUCUUGACUUGAUGGCAUGACAAGGAGGAGAAGGUGUAGGCACAUGAGGAACAGACGAUGUGUUCUUAAAUUAAGGCAGUGGUGCCCUGGAAGGGAACAGAGGGGACAGGAUGGGAGAGUUCUUUCGGAGACAGAAGGUGCAGGACUCAGACGCAGUGAUGCGGGGAAGGAGAGGAGGCACAAGAUAGAGCUGAAGGUGACCCCAGGCCCUCAGAGUUGAUGGAAUCCUGCCAGGUCAGUCUCAGCUUUGAGCCUUUUUCUUUCCUGGAAGCUGAGGAGUUUGGACCUUGUCCGCCUUGUCUGGGGAGAUGAGGCUCCGGGGAAAUGUUUACUUGGGGAGUGCUUGUGCUAAUCUUCCUCCCCGCUUGCUUGUAGAUCAGGCUCAUGCAGGUGUCUGCUGAGAGAACCCAACCACCACCAGGAACUGGGGAAAGGACCGGAGCUUCUACUUCCGUCCCCGGUGACCAAGGGGCCCCGCGCCUCAGUUUACUCAAUUGUGAUGGGCACCGCCCAUCCCACCUAUGGGGAUGUGGUGGGUGUGAACAGGCCUGCUUCUGUGGGUGGUUCGGACCCCCAGGGGUACUUGGCACACAAAGCCUGCCGUUAGCCAGGAUCACGAGUGGUUGUAAUCAGGCCCCUGACUCCACCGCGGCCUUGAGCGACUGCCAGCUCCACGAUCGGGCCUGCUUCAAAACUCGCCUGCAAGUGAUUUUGCUCAGGGUGUCUGGUUCCUGCAAACAGGCUUCUCCAAACCUUCUGGGCUUCGGGGAGCCUCUUUGGCUCUGCCUCCGCUGUCCUUCACAUCCCCCGGCUCAGUAGGAGACUUUGAGCUGCGUAUACCUUUCCCUCCAGCUCCCUCCCUUCCCAGUGAAAUUAGGGUGAAAGGAGGGAGGAGGAGGCUGGACGGAGGCCACAGGGAGAGGGGCUGACCCGGCCAGCUAGGUAACACCUUUCCCUAGCAUUGGCCCUGGGUGGGCAAGGUGGGGAACGGCACCAGGAGGCGAAUGUGUGUGUGUGUGUGUGUGUGUGUGUGUGUGUGUGUGUGUGUCCUCACUCCCAGGGGCCCGUCGCUGAUGGUGAUCUCUCUCAUUGCAGAAACAAGGGGCGGCAUUGUUAGCUGGUCUAUCUCUUGGUUUCUGAUUCACCCCGGGCCACUGCGGCCUGAGCAGGUUCCCAGCUGCUCAGGGAUACACUUUCCAGCACGUUUAGGGCUUGGAACAGCCCCAGGUUUCAGGGACACAUGGUGAUACGGGAGGGAGGGGGCUCAAAUAGACCAGGAAGGGGGAAGCAAGCUCCUUCUUUCUUUCUUCAAGACGAAUCUCCAUUUUCAUCAUCUGAUAGCAGGAACAGCAUGUGAGGACGGCGGAUGAAUUGCAAACCUGUGCAGGUCAGGAGAGGGGGCAGGCGAGUUGGGGGAGAGGGGCAGAUUUAGUUCGUCCCGGCUGAGGUAUUCUUGUGCAGCCUGGUCCCCUCUGACUCGCAGCCCUUGCUCCGGUUACAGUCUCCGCCCAGCCCUAGCAGGCCGGGCCUGAGCACCCACCGCACCGGAAGUCAGGCUGUGGAGUGAGCUUGCAGCAGCCAGAGGAGCUGCAGACUGUCUUGACCAUCCGGGAGCCAGGGAGCACCUGGUCCCGCCUUACAAAUCAGUGGUGUCUUUUCUCUCUGUUGCUGGUGGCUUGCUAAAGAGGGAGCAGACUUGGUGCUUUCCCCCGUCUCCCCUUUUUCCUGAGCCAGCAAACUGCUAUGGACAGACAGGAGCCCGGUGACAGACUGCUGUCCUUCGCCUUCUGCCCACAUUCAACCCCAGCCAUGUAUCCCUCUAAUGUCUCUUGGAGGCCUUCCUACAGCACACCUGGCCAGCAAGGAACGGCACCCAGUCCAUGCCGCUGAGAGCCCCUGGGUUCGUGGAGAGUCCAAAGGUACACACAAGCAUGGCCAGCGCGGGACAAAACCAGAUCGGAGACUCAGAGACCUACGAGCAGCGCCUCCUGUGCAGCCUCCUCUGCCACCAUACAGUGGGGUGUCCCGGGGCAGGACUCUCUGGGUGCCUCUGUCAGCCAGCUCAUCAGUGGGGAUGGUCGUGGGGUUCCCCACCUGCUAGGGCUCCUGCGAGACCCGAGUCAGAGCCUGUGCGCGCCAUCCCUCAGCAAAGUAGACAGCCUGUGUCAAAUUCUUGGGCUCCUUUCCUCCCGCUUUCUCCCCAGGGUGACUGAGGAUCAAGGACCAUCACCGGGAGCCAGACUCAGAACAGGGAGGCUGACGUGCGGCUGGGCCCCGCCGCCCCUCCCGGCGCAGGCUGACUGGGCAGCGCGGCACAGAGCUGGCCUGUGUCCCACACAGAGCCCUCUCUCUUGCUCGCUUGCACAGAGCUCGCGCACAGGCUCCCAUUCAGAGGUCUGCGUGAUUAAAAAGGCGCCGCAGGCUGGCGGGGUGACCUUCGGGCCUGCCUCGGUGGAUGGAGAAACUGAGGCCCAGAGAAGUCACCAACUUGUCUAAAACCACACAGCUCUUUUGAGACAGGAGCGAGGACAUGAAGCCCAGGCAGGCACGCCCUGCACUGCGCAGCCACUCGGGAAGGAGGAGCCGAGAGAAGAAAGUCUACGGGCGGCCUCUCCUCCAUCACAGGCCUCCCAGUCUGGAGCUGGUGGCGCAGAGUGGAGAGCAGAGGGGCCCAGGCGCUGCAGAGCCCGGGGAAUCCCCUGCAGAACCAGCUACAGAUGCGCACAGCUCUUCUUUCCCCCCACUCUGCCCUCCUGGAGCGCUUUCCUCCAGGCCAGCCUGUUCCACUGGAAAACCAAUCUUUCCUGCCUGGGGACCAGGGCCGGCUGGGCCACCUUCUGUCUGUCUCCUUUGGGCACGGUUGCUCCGCUCUGGAGCUGGGGGAGGGAGUCCCACUGGGGAAGGCGCGGGUGGGGCUGAGGCCUUCAUCUGUCCCCCUUUAAGCCACCCAAAGAAAAAUAGCCCUUUGCCAAGAUCUUUCAUCCCAGUCAUUUACUCUCGCAGAUGUUUUCUGCAAUAUAAACAAGAAGCGAGGAAUGUUAGGGAGAAGAGGAGGGCGGAAGGCAGGCAGGAGGAGGAAGGAAAGGAAGGGGGAGGAGGAGGAGGAGGAGGAGAAGGGACAACUUUGAAAUCUGGGCCUGCAGAAGACAGGAAACAGGACCUCAGCAGGAUCCCUCCUGCCCUGCAUGCGUGGGUAACCUCGGGUCACUGCACAGGGCCAAGCGGAGGGUCACUGCUCAGGAUGUCCUUGAAAGACGGGUCUGACCAAGCAGGCCAGCCCUUGAGUGGUGGCCACCCCAAACAGCCUCCCCUAUCUCGGAACUCACUGGUGGGGAGCUGCAGCUGGCACCCUUGUAGCGUGGAGCCCACUCUCUGCAGGCUGGGCAGGGCUCUAAGGGGACCCUCAGCCUUCUGCCAGCAGAGCCAUAGCAAGACUAGGGGAAGGGUCCCUCCUGCUCUGAAAGCGUGCAAGGGCCGACUCCCUAGACGGGAAUUAGAUUUAGUUGCACCAGGACUAGAGGGAAUCUUGAGCUGAAGGAGGUAGAAGAGCACACCUACAAUGGGUCAAGAAAUACGCCCAGGAAGUCAGAUGUCUCCACGUUCAACAUUACAAAACGCUGGUCCCUUGAGUAAAUGCUAACUUGGUGUUUAUUCUUUCCACUCUUGACUUAAUAAAGGGAAGUGCGAGGAGGGUAAAAGGAAUUGAAUGGCAAGUUUUUAUUGGGCACCUACUGUGUCCCCCAAAUGGAGCCGAACAUCUACCUGGAUUCAGAGUCAGAUACUGGUCCCAAUCGGCAAACAAGUUCCCUGUAGUGGGGAAACAGAGGACACAAGAAGCCCAGGUGGUGCUAGGCUGUGUGGCACGGUGUGUCUAGGAUAAGCCAGGUGAUGCCCCCAGAGAAAGUGGCAUUUGCCCUGAACCUUGAAAAGUGGACAGGAAGAGCAACUUGCUUCAGGAUGGUAGUGAAUUCCAAACCUGGAAGACUUCUUGCCCAGCAUGGCACCCUGAUUCUGCAAAACCAGAAUCUCAGAAAUAGGAGCUGUCUGCCCACUGGGGAAGAACGGCCACCCCGCUGCCGCUGGUCUCUCCCAUUUGCUGACUCCCACUGCUGCCGGAUUGCGAGUGGGGUCUCCCAGGGGAAGUUAGUGGACGAAUGGCAUGAGCAGAGCUGCAAGCCAUGGAGGAGGAUCAGCCAUUCAGAAAGAAGACACAGGCAGCCCUGACAUUCGGCAACCUUUUGAAAGGAAAGAGAGGCACAGGUUCACACAAGGACCCGUGGGGGCU